AUGGAGCAGCAAGGAGCUCAGAUGGACUCGGCAAAGUUUUGCUGUUCGAUCUGUCUGGAUCUGCUGAAGGAUCCGGUGAUGAUUCCCUGUGGACACAGCUACUGCAUGAGCUGUAUUACAGACUGCUGGGAUGGAGAGGAGCACAAGGAAAUCUACAGCUGCCCCCAGUGCAGUCAAACCUUCACAACAAGACCUGUCCUGGGGAAAAACACCAUGUUACAAGAUGUAGUGGAAAAAGUGAGAAAAAUAAGACUCCAAGCUGCUCCUCCUGAUCUCUGCUAUGCUGGACCUGGAGAUGUGGCCUGUGAUUUCUGCACUACAAGAAAGCGAAAAGCCCUCAAGUCCUGUCUGGCGUGUCUGGCCUCUUACUGUGAGCAUCACCUCCAGCCUCACUAUGAUAUCGCUCCAUUAAAGAAACACAAACUGAUGAAACCCUCCACAAAUCUUCAGGAGAACAUCUGCUCUAAUCAUGAUGAGGUGAUGAAGAUGUUCUGCCGUACUGAUCAGCAGUGUAUCUGUUAUCUCUGCUCCGUGGAUGAACAUAAAGGCCAUGACACAGUCUCAGCUGCAGCAGAAAGGAAAGAGAGGCAGAAAGAGCUCGGGGUGAUUCGACAAAAAAUCCAGCAGAGAAUCCAGGACACAGAGAAAGACGUGAAGGUGCUUCAGCAGGAGGUGGAGGAGAUCAAUCGCUCUGCUGAUAAAGCAGUGGAGGACAGUGAGGAGAUCUUCACUCAGCUGAUCACUUUGAUGGAGAAAAGAAGGUCUGAUGUGAAGCAGCAGAUCAGAUCCCAGCAGAAAGAGGAAGUGAGUCGGGCUGAAGAAGUUCAGGAGAAGCUGAAGCAGGAGAUCGCUGAGCUGAGGAGGAAAGACGCUGAGCUGGAGCAGCUCUCACACACAGAGGAUCACAUCCAUUUUCUACAGAAUUACCCCUCGCUCUCAUGUCUCAGUGAAUCUACAGACCCACCCAGCACCAACAUCCGUCCUCUGAGCUACUUUGAGGAUGUGACUGCAGCUGUGUCAGAGCUGAGAGAAAAACUACAGGACCUUCCUACUGAGGAAUGGUCCAAGAUCUCACCGGGACUCACUAAUGUAGACGUCUUUCACGUACCUCAAGAGCCCAAGACCAGAAAAGAAUUUUUACAAUAUUCAUGUAAAAUGAGACUGGAUCCAAACACAGCUGAAACACACACACACAGUGUUCCUGCCGCCUCCAGGGGGUGUUGUAGUGUAACGCACAGAGACAAGCCAGGCAUGUGUGUAAAUUGGUGA